GAUCACUUGAUGACAAUUUAGCAGUAAAUACGUAAAUAAAUGUAUAGUGUGUAUUUAAAUGUAAUAAGAUAUUAAAUAUAACAACAGGUUAUAACACUGCCGUGAAGUGACGUGAGUAAAUAACGGUUUCGCGACAGUUGUCCGCCGACUUCCAUUAUAAAGACAUCAGAGAGAGAGAGAGAGAGAGAGAGAGAGAGGUGCAGUAGAGAUGGUGUCUCUCAUGUGCACGUUACAGACUCACAGAGAUGAUGUCAACUGUUGUGUGUUCUCCGGCUCUCUUCUGGCCACCUGCUCGGCUGAUAAAAGCAUCUGUGUGUUCAGCACUGGAGACUUCAGCGAGAUGCCCUUCUCUCCUCUCUCUGGACACGGCUACGGCGUUCACUGCUGCUGUUUCAGCCCCUGCGGUCGAUAUCUGGCCUCCUGCUCCAUGGACGCCACCACCGUACUGUGGGACAUGGACACGGGAGAGAUCGAAGCCGUCCUGGAGCAUCCCGGCAGGAGUCCGGUCCGAGUCUGUGCCUUCUCUCCAGAUUCAUCCUAUCUGAUGUCUGGAGGAUCAGACGGGACCACCGCGCUGUGGGACUUCACCUCCAGAAGCCUGCACAAGAGCGGCUCAGCUUCUGACACCAGUAUCGUGGCGUGUUCUUUCACUCCGUGCUCUCGGCUCUUCAUCACGGGCUCUUCAUAUGGAGAUCUGAGGCUGUGGGAUCUCAACAUGAACCAUCUGCACGCAGAGAAGAACGCUCAUGACCUCGGCGUGUCCUGCUGUCAGUUUGCUCCACAGAUGACGAAGGAUGCAGAUGGCUGUGUUCAGUUUCGUCUGGCAUCAUGUGGACAGGACAGUUUGCUGAAGAUAUGGAUUGUUUCUCGUGUAUCUUCUGCAGAUGUAAAGAUGCAGCUCGCUCACACACUGACGGGUCAGUCUGCUCCUGUUCUGUCAUGUGCUUACUCUGCUGAUGGACAGAUGCUGGUGUCCGGAUCUGUGGAUAAAACGGUGACUGUGUAUCAAGCUAACGAAGGGAUCUUACUCUACACACUUAACCAACACGACAGGUAUGUGACGGCCUGCGCUUUCUCCCCCACGGCCCCCAUCAUGGCCACCGGCUCCAUGGACAAGAGUGUUAACAUCUGGAUGGUGGAGGACGGUGCUAGCGCUCACGGCAAAUCUCCUCCCGAUGAAAGUGCUUCAGUUUCAAGUCAUGAAGGCAGCAGGUUCCGAGCACACAGCAGACUGAUGGUGAGCGAGUGGUCUGAGGAGGAUGUGUUGUCAUGGUUACGGGAGGAGGGUUUGGAGACUGUGAUGGACGCGUUCAGAUCCAAUAACAUGGAUGGAGAAGAGCUGCUGUCGCUCACCAAGGAAACCCUGAGCUCUGAUCUGCACAUCGAGUCUUUGGGUGUGAGGAGUAAAGUCAUGAAGAAGAUUGAAGAGCUGAAGAUGUCUUCCGUGUGUAACGGCACUCCAGACGAGUACCUGUGUCCAAUCACACGUGAGAUCAUGAGAGAUCCGGUCAUCGCCGCAGAUGGUUACUCGUAUGAACGGGAGGCUAUCGAGAGCUGGAUCAACACAAAGAACCGCACCAGUCCAAUGACCAACCUGCCUCUCCAGACCACCCUUCUGACACCGAACCGAACUCUGAAGAUGGCCGUCUGCCGCUGGACCACCAACCAGUGAUCACAAUAAUACUGAUCUCUGACCAGUGAGGUGUGUGGCGUCACUGAGACACAUGUUAGUCAUCCAAUGGUUGUCUUCAUGACUUUACAUAAGUCCGUCACAUAAAAGGUCGAUUGGUCUCGUUUCAGUCUGAAACAUGAGUGUGUUGUGUCCAGUCUCAGUAUGUUUCAGUUUUUACUUUUGGUCAGAUUAGUUCUUAAGACACAGUCUGAACUCAGCGGCUGUGUUUAUGCAGCUGAUCUCUGAUCAGAAUUUGAUGAUCAUAAUUUGAUAAAGAACCCAUCUCUUAAAUUAAGACGGUCCUGAGUCUGAUUUGAGAUCAGAGGCAUAAACUGCUUAGACUAGUCUUACAAGUCAUCAAAUUAGUUUUCUUCAAGACUGUUCAUAACUUCUUAAAGUCAGUUACAAAGAAAGAUAGAUUGGUCUCAUUUAAAUUUGAAAAGUACGACCGAUUGGGCUUAAAUAAUUGCUAGUCAGUGAGACGCAGUUGUUAAGAGUUUGGGUUAAGUGUUUGACGCUCUUAAAUCUGAAGCAUUUAUUCAUUUGAGCUAAAGUUCAGUCUUAUGAUGUUGUCAGAAAGCUGUUUGAUAUAAAUAUGUUCAGAGGUUUAUAAAUGUUGAGCAUGAUACAGAGAAUCAUAAGAGUUAUAAACAGCAGUGGGCUGUUUAAAACCCUGAUUUAUAAUGACUGCCUAUGUUAUGAAUAACAUUGCCUAAAUAUCAUUUUAUUUACUUUAUUUUUUGAAACCUUGCCACACAUAUUUAAUAACUGUUUUAUUAAAGCAAUAAGCCGUGUGAAGCAGUGUGUUACAGAGCAUUUUAUAACAGCUGAGGAGGUUGUGGUAGUCAUUAAAACCCCCUUUGCUGUUAUAAAAAGGAACUGUAACACACUUCUUCACACGGCUUAUUGCUUUAUUAUACCACGGGGCUGUUGAAGCUUCAAUCUGAUUGGUUGACAAAUGGUCUUUGGGCAUGGAUUAUGUUUCAGUAAAUGCACACCUAUGAAGGUGUUCCAGGUCUGCCGACCACAUUACAGUUCUAAAUCACUGUGUUAACAACAGAAAGGUUAUUGUGUAGCCUACAGGACAUCACCGCACACAGCAUGUCAUCAGUUAUGACUUACAUAUUGUACUGUAGCAUUAAACACUCUUUAUCCAUU